CUGCUGAUUUUCGUGACGUGACUACGACCAUUUCCGAAAGCACUGGCGGGAGUGCAAAUUGUAUUCUCUAGUUACAACAUAAUUACAAAGAAAAAAACGCUGCAAAAGCAAGCUUUUGUUGAAGUUAUUUUGAAAAACGAAUCUAGCGCUAAGCAGGUGUUAUAUUGCAAGCAAUUGAAAUUGUCCAAGUUUUCAGGAGAGAAGACGGCAACAACCAUCAGAAGACGCCACACACGUAACGUUAUCUUUAGUCAAAGAGACUGAAUGGUUAGCUAGCUUCAUAUUUCCCGUCCUGCCUUUAUCUGCAACGUCAAGGGAGAUAAACGAGCUAAAUUCUAGUCAUUUUCAAAUAAUUCAUCUGCUAGGCUUGCAAGGCUACUGUAAAGACAUGGCUAAAGUUCAAGUGUUGAAUGUCGCUGUGUUGGACAACCCAAGUCCUUUUGGGAACCCGUUUCAGUUCGAGAUUACGUUCGAAUGCAUGGAGGAUUUACCGGAGGACCUGGAGUGGAAGAUCAUCUAUGUGGGCUCAGCAGAGACUGAGGAGUAUGAUCAGACUCUGGACUCAGUUCUGGUCGGACCAGUACCGGCAGGCAGACACAUGUUCGUGUUCCAGGCAGAUGCCCCCAACACCGGGCUGAUUCCUGAGAGUGAUGCUGUGGGGGUAACCGUGGCACUCAUCACCUGUACCUACAACGGACAGGAGUUCAUCCGUAUCGGUUACUAUGUCAACAAUGAAUACACCGACCCAGAGCUCCGAGAGAACCCACCGGUCAAACCAGACUACACACAGCUGCAGAGGAACAUCCUGGCCUCUAACCCCCGUGUGACCCGGUUCCAUAUCAACUGGGAUGGCUGUUCAGACAAGAUGGAGGACAGUGAGAACGUUGACCCCUCCCCCAACAGCAGUAGCAGCAUGCUGCCUCCCUCCUCCUCCUGUUUACCUGGCAAGGUUUUAUCUGUAGGACUGAUGCCUGAUAACUCUAUGGACUGUCUGUAGAACCCAGCCACCCCACCAGCAUUGCCUUACUGCGUUCUGCUCCAGCAGUCUCCAGUCUUUGGCAGGAAGGAUGAGUCACUGUUAUAAACCACCUGUACUAUAGGGUUCACUGUCUCCAUCCUUCACACAGCAACAUCUCUCGGUGUCUCUCUCUGUCUCUCUCUCGGUCUCUCUCUCUCUCUGUCUC